CACACAUAUUAUUUGUGUCACUGGCUGUAGAUAAUCACAACAAGUGACAAUCACAAACGUCUGUGUAUCGCGUGUGUACAAUGUCUUACUGUGUCUUAUUUAUUGUAUUUUCCCUGGUGGGCUACUCAAGCACCGCUGGUUCGUGUCCUCCAACGCUCCCAGUAGAUCUGUGCGAUGCAGCAUGCGGGCCCGAGCAGCCGUGCGCGAAUGACAAGCAGCUGUGCUGUCCCACGGCUUGUGGGGGCGCCAUGUGCGUCGAUGCUAUGACUGAGAGGCAUUUUGUUGAUUUAGUAAAACCCGGCCUCUGCCCAGAAUAUCCCCGUGGACCCUGGGUAUGCACCCACACUUGUACCAGCGACUCCGACUGCCCCCGAGCUCUGAAGUGCUGUCCCAACAGAUGUGGGGCUCAGGCGUGCCAGAAACCAGACCCUGACCAGCCGGCUGGAGAGAAUACUGUGUAGAAGUAAAGAGGUUUAUAAUA